AAUAGGAAAUUCGCGUGUGCCGGAUAUCCAGUUACUCAAGGACACAUUUGCUCAAUUUCACGGUGCUGUGUUCGUUUGUACUCACGUGGGGGAAAUUUUCAUUGUACACUUCGGGUUAAGGAUGGACAAUUUCACUACCGACUACUCUGGAGCCGGUGGGUCUGGGAAAAUGGACACCGGGACGAUUAUGGAACAAGUUAAGGUUCAGAUCGCUGUAGCCAACGCGCAAGAACUCCUUCAGAGGAUGACAGAUAAAUGUUUUAAAAAGUGUGUCGGUAAGCCUGGAAGCAGCCUGGACAACUCCGAGCAGAAAUGCAUUGCCAUGUGCAUGGACCGUUACAUGGAUGCAUGGAACACAGUAUCGCGUACAUACAACUCCCGACUCCAGCGAGAAAGGGCGCGUCUCUAGCCUCCUUCUCUCCCUCAAGGAGGCAAGCAAAGCACCAGACUCUUUCAGAGGAUUGGAUGAUGUCAAAGAGCUACCAGCAGGCCUAAAAUACCAAGUCACGUUGUCAUCACCAUGAACUCUGAAUUGUUGGCUGGGACCGAGGCACUAGCUAGCCAAGCUGAGACCACCAAAAGACCGUUAGUUAGCUUGGCGGGGCUAACCUUUUCUGUCUUGAGCAAAAAAAGAGCCUGUCCAUGUUAGAUCCUUCAUUUAGUGUAAUGAAAUGCACUCAUCAGUUUGCCCUCUUUCAUCCUCCAUUGACUCUUCUCAUCUCCUGUAUGUGAUGGAUGACAAGACCCUUGCUGCAUCUGAACCACAAAGUCAGCUUUUCAGGUUUUGAGAAAAUAAAAUAAUUUUGUUGGGAGGA